AUGCUUCUAACUUUGCGGCAGUUGACGUGUCGACGGCAUUUUGGCUUCAAGAGCUUCCAGAAAUACAACGCCCAUCCGUCGCUACCGGAACCCUUCGCUUAUCCUCAACAUAUUCCAGGUUCCGAAGAUGACAUCAUAGUAGCGAUGAGCUCAGGUGUGGAUUCCAGCGUCACAGCCGCUAUAUAUGCGUCCAAAUACAAGAAUGUCAAGGGAAUUUACAUGGCCAACUGGUCCCAAACUGCCAAGUGUACGGAAGGAGAAUGGACUGAUGUGCAGAAGGUAUGUGAAAAGUUGAAUAUUCCAUGCCAGAGAGUGAACUUCGAGAAGGAAUAUUGGAACGAGGUAUUCAUGCCCAUGAUCGACCUCUACGAGAAGGGACUAACACCAAAUCCCGACUUGGGAUGCAAUAAGUAUGUCAAGUUUGGCAAGAUGAUUGAACACCUCUCACUUCAAUACCAAGACAGUUCAACAAAAUGGUGGCUUGCUACUGGUCAUUAUGCCCGGGUUGUACCGCAUGCAAACGGUACCAGGCUCUACAAAGGAUACGAUGCCAAUAAAGACCAAGCAUAUUACUUGGCAAACAUUCCUUCCAAGGUGCUAUCUAAUGUGCUAAUGCCUUUAGGUCAUUAUACCAAGCCUCAAGUUCGAGAAAUGGCGCAGCAGUUUGGGCUCCACACCGCCAGCAAGCCCGAUUCUCAAGGUUUGUGCUUUGUAAGUCCAGACCAUGCGAAAUUUAGAGACUUUUUAAAUGAGUUCAUACCUCCAAGUCCAGGAAAUAUCGUUACAGAAGAUGGGAGAGUUUGGGGUCAGCAUCAGGGCCUUUGGCAUGCUACAAUUGGACAAAAACUGGGGGUUUCGAUGCCUCAAGGAGAUGUAAAUUACAAAGGGAUCUGGUUUGUUAGUGAAAAACGCAUAGAAUCUAACGAGUUGGUGAUUGUUCGGGGAGGUAACAACGAGAAGUUAUUCAAAGAUGGAUUGAACGUUACCGAAUGGGAAUGGAUGGAGGAUGGAGAAGAAAGUGUUAAGAACACAACAUACGGGGAUAAAGGAGCAGCAGCAAAUCUAUUUGUUCAAUUCAGAUCCCUCCAGGACCCAGCUGUAGUGGAGAAUCUAAAAGUGGAUGGAGACAAGUUAACCAUCCGUCUAACGGAAAAACAAAGAGCAAUGGCGCCAGGCCAGAAUAUUGUCCUCUAUGAUAACUACAGAGUGGUUGGAUCAGGGAUGCUUGUAGAUACAUUCGACACACAUAAUAUGUAA